AUGUCGACAACGACGACAGGUGGCCAUGGAUUGGCCCCUCACUGCGGCAUCUGCGACAAAACAGAGAACCUUCUACGAUGUGCCCGUUGCAAAGUCAUGCUCUAUUGCAGCCAGGAUCACCAAGUGACCGAUUACCCCGCCCACAAGUACGCCUGCAGCAACAUCGGGAGGAAGAAGAAAGCUCUCGACACCGAAGAGGAGACCCUUCGAAACACCCCCGGUGACAUAUUCACGCCCGCCGACCCAUUCAACACUGCUGUUGGGCAUUUCUGGGGCAUGAUGGGAACACGAGACUACAUGCGAGCACGGAUUGGAUUCGUUCACGCCUUUCGCAACGUCAAUACGUACGACUCGGUAAAGACGCAAUUGGAGCAUCUUAUGGACAUGCUUCGGCUAUGUCGCAGCGACAACCUAGGUGUGCGUGACAUGGUGCCUGGGGUGAUGUUGCGGCUGGGUAUGGACCAGGAGUGCUAUGAUUUCAUUAAAUGGUACAAUACCACCGGGAACGAAGGUGACUAUGACUGGGGCAAUAUGGACCUGCCGUUCCUUGACGUCAAGAACGCGGAUGUAUUCGAGCCAGUCGAUUACCUGAAUGAGAGAUUCGGUGGCACUAGUCAGAUUGUUGGCGUCAUGCUGGUGAAAAUCAGAUUACUGUUGGAUUUGACGGCGUUGCAGGAUGCAGCAGCCACGGGCAAGGCGGUGUCCCCUACUCAGCUACGAAGCUCGAUUAUCGCGAACAGUAGGGCUAUCAUAGAACGCAAGGAUCACAGAGACAUUAUCAGCAAGCUGAAAGGACAGGUGGACGUUCUGUACCAGAACAUCGACAAGGGAAACAAGUAUUUCUGGCCUGCCUUGUUGGAGCCAGGGGAUAACUUGGAUGUACUGCCGGGAAUGUAUUCUAUGGGGACACCAGAGGAGAUGCAGCUUAUACUGGAGCGGUCUUAUAGCUCAUGGGUUGAGACGCCUGGAGCGAUUGAUGUGAUUAGGGCAAGGACUUAG